GAGCAAAAAUCACCAGAGCCCAAGAGAGAAAAGAAUCAAUCACCACCAAACUGAGAGCCAAGAUGACAGGGUUUGGAUCUCCUUGUGGAGCCUGCAAGUUCUUGAGGAGGAAGUGUGUCAAGGGUUGUGUUUUUGCUCCUUAUUUCUGCCAUGAGCAAGGGGCCACCCAUUUCGCUGCUAUCCACAAGGUCUUCGGUGCAAGCAAUGUUUCAAAGCUCCUCGCUCACCUCCCAGUAACCGACCGUUGUGAAGCUGCGGUUACAAUCUCAUACGAAGCUCAAGCAAGGCUUCAGGAUCCCAUUUAUGGAUGCGUCUCUCAUAUUUUCGCUCUCCAGCAGCAGGUUGUGAAUCUACAAGCACAGCUCGCAUCUCUCAAGGCACAAGCAGCACAGAACCUUGUCAAUGGCUCCACCACUGCAACCCCUCAAGAAGACACUAAGUUCUAUGGGAAGUUUCCUUCGUACCCACAAGAUGUCCAAGCUGCUGGUGCAGGUUUGUUCAAUUUGGAGGAUUCAUCAAGGGUGGUGCAACAAUUCCAUCCCAACCCAGCAAACAACAAUGCCGACUCCACCAUGUAUUAUAACAAUGGUCUCAUGGAUAUGAAUCCCAAUCCCAUGGAUUAUCAGAAUUCUGUCAUACCUGAAGAAACCAUCUCGUAUAAUAGUUUUGAAGACCCAACUCAGGCCAUGGCUUCGCUAGACAUGCAAACCAACAGCAGGAAAUGGGCGUUCCAAGAUAUGGAGGACCUUCAAUCAGUGGCCUUCUCUUAUCUUCAACGUACAUGAGAUGGUGGACACUCAGCCAAAUUAUCAGCCCAGAUGUGUUCUCAUCAAUUUUGAAAUGCUACUACAUACUUCUAAACAUGCACUUUUGCUGCUACUACAAAUAAGCUAGGAUCCCUACAAAUGCUUAUACAAUUAGGAACCCUAUAGUCCAGUCUAUGGUAGUUUUCUUAGAUCUUGUGUAUCCUUAAUUAGUAAUUGAUAGAAUAAUAGUGUAAUCUUUUUGUCAGAGAA